AAGAAAAACAUAUUGAAACGGGUCUUGCUCGUGCUCACUUGCAUCUUUCUCGUACUCGUCUUCUUUGCUGGGAACCGGACACCUACAAUGACAAGGGGCAAGUACAGUGUUGGCUACUUUGUCAACUGGGGCAUAUAUGCGCGCAAAUACCCACCCUCUGCGAUCCCUGUCUCUGACCUCACCCAUCUCCUCUACGCCUUUGCCAACAUAUCCCCAGACACCGGCACCGUAUCCCUCUCAGACCAAUGGGCAGACGAGCAGAUCCAUUACGACGGCGACAGCUGGAACGAUCCAGACGCAAACAACAACCUCUACGGAAACUUCAAAGCCCUCCACCUCAUCAAAAAAGCAAACAGACACCUCAAACUCCUUCUCAGCAUCGGCGGCUGGACAUACAGCCCCAGCAUGCAUCCCGUCGUCGUCGACCCUGCCAAACGCGCCCAGUUUGUCCGCAGCAGUCUCCAGCUUGUCGAAGACUAUGGUCUGGACGGACUCGACAUCGACUACGAGUACCCCCAGAACGACGCCCAGGCUUCUGGUUAUGUCCAGCUCCUGCGCGAGCUCCGGGUAGCAUUGGACGCCCACGCCCACGGCCGGAACGGCUACCGUUUCCUCCUCUCCAUCGCUGCGCCCUGCGGUCAAGACAACUACCGCAAACUCCACAUCCCAGAGAUGGACGCCUCCCUCGACCUCUGGAACUUGAUGGCCUAUGAUUUCGCCGGUUCCUGGGACUCCCUCGCCGGUCAUCAAGCCAAUUUGUAUGGUCCACCAAUUAGCGCGUCCCAGGCCGUGGAUUAUUACCGUUCCAAGGGCGUCCAUCCGAGCAAGAUUGUGCUCGGCAUCCCGCUUUAUGGUCGGUCUUUCAUGGGCACAGACGGGCCUGGCUCAAAGUACAACGGGGUUGGUGAGGGCAGCUGGGAACGCGGUGUCUAUGAUUACCGGGCUCUGCCGUUACCCGGGAGCUACGUCCUGCGAGACGAACACAAGAAAGCCAGCUGGACGUACAACUAUGCUACACGCGAGAUGGUCAGCUUUGAUUCCGAAGAGGUGGCUCAAUGGAAGGGCCAGUAUAUCCGGCAGCAAGGCUUGGCGGGUGCAAUGUACUGGGAGCUCAGCGGUGACAAGGGUGGAGACGGCACCCAGAGAGGGGAGGGAGGUAAAGGCAAGGAUGUCCAGCCUGGCCAGAGUCUUGUUGCAGUCAUCAAACACGCGAUGGGUGGCCUGGAGAUGAACGAAUACAAUUGGUUGCACUAUAAUCGUAGCAAGUUUCCGAAUAUGAGGAACGGCAUGUAGUCUUAAUUAUAUAGCGAAGGAAAUGCAUUGCGAAUAAUCUACUCGU